UGUUCCUAUCCGUUUUCAAUUUUUACCUUCAUAAGAGUGCUCAGGGAGCUGGUUCCUGUCCCUUCUCAGCCCUGCUACCCGACCACAGACACCUCGGGCUGGGCAGGCGAUUCCAGGCGUGCCGGACUGACCCGGGGUCUGUGCGGAGAGUCCACAUGGCUCAGAGGCUUGCCCCGGAAAGGGCCUCUCCAUGGCCUGCGCUCUGUAAGCCCGGGGCUGUGAGCUUCGCGGACGUGGCCGUGUACUUCUCCCCGGAGGAGUGGGGGUGUCUGCGGCCCGCGCAGAGAGCCCUGUACCGGGAGGUGAUGCGCGAGACCUACGGUCUCCUGGGAUCUCUCGGAGUCGGAGGCGCCAAACCAGCACUCAUCUGCUGGGUGGAGGAAGAGGCCGAACUGUGGGGACCCCGUGCCCAGGAUCCAGACAUGACCAUGUGCAAGACAGAAGCUGACUCAGAUUGCAGACACGAGGAGGAAAGGAAGAGAGCAAGGAAAGAGACUGAGACAACCCAGAAGACAUUUUCCACAGAAGCUGGUCCGAAGGAGCCACGCCCCUCAUUUGCUGGGCCCCCUAGCAACUUGGAGCUGCUGUCCAAGGACCCUCAACAGGGGCAGCCCACCUUUGCUGGUGUUCAAGCCACGGUCCUAAGGGCAGACAAGCGUCAUGGAUGCCAUGUGUGUGGGAAGAGUUUUGCCCAGCGGCCCACGUUGGUGGAGCAUCUGUACACUCACACAGGUGAAAAGCCAUUCCGUUGCCCAGACUGCAACAAGUGUUUUGGCCGGGCUUCUUCCCUGAGCAUGCACCGAGCCAUACACCGAGGGGAACGACCUCAUCGGUGUCCUGACUGUGAGAAGUGUUUUUCCCAGCGAUCCACAUUGGUGGCACACAUGUACACUCACACAGGUGAAAAGCCAUUCCGUUGCCCUGAUUGCAGCAAGUCCUUUGGUCGGGCAUCUUCCCUGAGCACACACCGGGCCAUACACCGAGAGGAACGACCUCAUCGCUGUGCUCACUGUGGCCGGACCUUCACACAGCGCUCUGCACUCACGAGCCAUCUCCGUGUCCACACUGGGGAGAAGCCUUACUGUUGUGCUGAUUGUGGACGCUGCUUCAGUCGGACCUCAGGGCUCCAUGAGCACCAGCGGGUGGUGCACAGCGGCUUGACGCCCUUUAUUUGCUCACACUGUGGCAGAGCCUUUGCCGAUUCUAAGUAUCUUCGGCGCCACAUGCGCAUCCACACGGGUGAAAAGCCUUAUUCAUGCCCUGACUGUGGACGCUGCUUUCGCCAGGGCUCUGAAAUUGCAGCCCACAGGCGGACUCACACUGGUGAGCGUCCCUACGCCUGCCCUCAAUGUGGCAGGCAGUUUCGCACAAAGUCAGCUAUGACAAGCCACCAGUGGGUCCACAGGCCAGGAGGCAAAGGACAUAAGGACAGAAAAGCCAGUCAGUUAUCUAUAUCCCUGGGCACUGGCCAAGAGGACCCGGAUCCACCGGUGGGUUUCCAGCACUACCCAGAGAUAUUCCAGGAGUGUGGGGGAUGGUCUUAAAAGUGCCAACACAGA